AUGGCACGCCGCGGCGAUGCUCGCCCGGUGAAGGCGAUGUCCAAAUGGGCUGUGCUGCAGUGGCUGGAGCCCGAAAUCACGCUCGGGCGCACCUUCUGGCCAGAGGUGUUCAGUGCCUUCACAAUGCUGCUUCCAGCACUUCAUGGAAGCAACCUGGCAGCUGACCUAGCAUCUGGCGCAGCCUUUCCGCAAGGGGUCUGGGUGCUCUUGUAUGGCGCUAUCUUCCACUGCCCGGUGAGCAUGGCCUACCAUUUGUCCAACGCCGUCCUGGAGGGGACUGCUGGCCACGAUGUUAUGUUGACACCCUUCCGCACCGCUGAUCUAACGGCUAUUCAUUUGUGUUGUAUCGCUUUUGGAUGGGCUGAAUCUUACGGUGACAUUCUCUACACGCUGGCCCUCACCGUGCUCAAUUUGAUUUGCAUUUUCGCGCUGCUUCACGAUCUCGCUUCUGGAAGGCGCGGCGGCCAGCAUGAGGUGCAUCGCGUAGCAGUUGCUGUCUUCCUCUACACGCUGCCUGUGCUGCUGCGCGGAGACUGCUGGAAUUAUUUGGGCAUUGCCGUGUCUUGGAUCCUGGCGGCAGCCUUCCAGAUGAUCAGUCCCAAGAUCGGAGGAUGGGGACAUGGACUUUUUCACAUGAUGCUUGUGCCAUACUUCCAUUUCUUGAUGCAUGGAGUUGCAUCAGCCGGUCAAUGA